UCCCCUUCCUUAAACGUCAUCUGUGCGUCAGGAUACCAGGAAGUGUUAGUCAGUACGUGGCCUUUUCAUCUGUGCAGCAGCAGGAGCUCCGCUUCAUUACAAAAUGGAACUCGAGGCCAUGACCAGAUACACCAGCCCGGUGAACCCGGCUGUGUUCCCACACCUCACUGUGGUGCUGCUGGCUAUCGGCAUGUUCUUCACCGCCUGGUUCUUCGUCUAUGAGGUGACAUCAACAAAAUACACACGGGACGUCUACAAAGAGCUGCUGAUCUCCCUCGUGGCAUCACUUUUCAUGGGGUUUGGUGUGCUGUUCCUACUACUCUGGGUUGGGAUAUAUGUAUGAAGGUGACUGACUUUAAAAAAAGAAAAGAAAUGAAAGACACAUUCCAGUGUAACAAAGGACAUCACUCACAACAUGAACUGGAUUUUGGAUUAAUUGGACUGCACUGACAAUAUUUUGGGAUCACAUGGACUCUGGAUUUUGUUUCACAAGUAAAGGGGAUUUGUACAACCUUUUAGUGUGUUUCUUUGUUCAUCCUGACAGCUUCAGUGUUUACAAUAAUCAACACAUCCCAUAAUAAAACAGAUUUUACAGUUAUA